AUGGCACCCUUGAAAUUGCUGCUGGCCUUAGCCAGCUCAGCAUUGACUCAAUUAGCUGCGGCUAAGUUGGUUCAAUUUGAUCUAGAUCUUACCUGGCAAAAAGGCGCACCAGAUGGCAAUGUUCGGGAAAUGGUUUUCAUGAACGGGCAAUUUCCCGGUCCCGAGUUGCGACUAGAUCAAGGUGAUGAUGUUGAAGUCACCGUUCACAACAACUUACCAUUCAAUACAUCCAUACACUUCCAUGGCAUUGAACAACUUGAUACCCCAUGGUCGGAUGGAGUUCCUGGGGUAACUCAAAAGCCUAUUGAACCAGGCCGCAAUUGGACUUAUCGGUGGAAGGCUACCCAGUAUGGAACCUAUUGGUACCAUUCACAUGGCCGUGCAGAGUUAAUGGAUGGUCUCUAUGGCCCGAUCUGGAUCAAUCCGGCACCUGAGACCCCAAACCCUUUUCAUCUCAUCUCAAGUGACCCCGCCGAUAUCGAAGCCAUGCAUCGGGCAGAGAAGAAUCCACAGUUAAUCAUGUUGUCUGAUUGGGAUCAUCUGACCUUUGAACAAUAUCAGAAAGUACAGGAAGAUAGCCAUAUGGCUGUGUUCUGCAUGGAUAGUGUUCUGAUUAAUGGCCGUGGGGCGGUCUAUUGCCCAGGAAGUGAGAAAAUCUCUAGUGUUGAGCAGGGCUUCUUGAAAAGCGCGAUGUCGUAUACACCUUUGACUGAUAAGGGAUGUUUGCCAAAUCUCUACACGACACAGGGAGAUUUCCCCCCUCACGACGAGACAAGGAUUCCACAGGGUGUUACCUGGGGAUGCAAUCCUACCACUGGAAGUCACGAAAUCAUCGAAGUCGAUGGCAAUGCCGGCUGGGUUAGCUUCAAGUUCAUCAGUGCUGCUGCUUUGAAAGCUCUGAUUUUCUCUAUCGAUGAACAUCCCAUGUAUAUCUACGAAGUUGAUGGGAGCUACGUGGAGCCCAUGCUUGUUGACGCCUCGAGUAUCUACACCGGAGAACGUUAUGCAGCAAUGAUUAAGCUUGACAAGCCAUGGAAGGACUACACCAUUCGAGUUCCAGAUACUCAGGGUGACCAGAUUAUCUCCGGUUUUGCUACCAUGCGAUACAAAGGCUCCACCAACACUGAGCCAUCGCUACCAUACGUCAACUAUGGUGGAGUUAAUACAUCUGCUUCGGUUGUAUUUAUGGACAACCAGGCAAUUCACCCGUACCCUGCUGUCACCAUCCCUGCAAGAGCGGACCAGCUUGUGAAUCUUACGCUUGGCCGCUCGGGCUCUUCCUACACAUUCAGUACAUCUGGUGGGCCUCUUUGGGACCACAUGGUCAACAUGGAUGAUCCGAUUCUUUAUGAUAUCAACGCCAAGAACAACCUUGCGCCUGAACUCAUCAUCGAAACAAAGAAUGGCAGCUGGGUAGACGUCCUUCUCCAGCUGGGCCAAUUCCCCCACACAGGCGAACACUCUGGUCCGCAUGUCAUGCACAAGCACUCCAACAAAGCUUUCAUCCUUGGUGCCGGACCUGGAUACUUCAAGUGGGCCAAUACUGAGGAAGCCAUUGCUGAGCAUCCCGAGUAUUUCGAAAUAGAGAACCCUGCGAUGCGAGACACUUUUGUCACCCAGGGCUCAAGGGGCAUAGCAUGGGUGAUGAUACGUUACCAAGUCAUCAACCCAGGACCCUUCAUCUUCCACUGCCAUCUUGAAACACACAUGGCAAACGGUAUGGCCGUUACUUUCCUCGAUGGCGUGGAUGCGUGGCCCCAGCUUCCCGCUGGUGAGGAUCAGAGUCCCAACCCGGUUUUGAUCCCCAUCCCCGUCACUACUUCAACCAGUAUUCCCGUUGCCAGUCCGACCUCGCUUGCCAAAUCAUCCUCUACACCUCUUGCCAAGCCAUCCGCUUUUAGCUCACAGCUAUCCAGGCCCAGUGUGCAGCCGGAUACCCCCAGCGCUCAGCCAUCCACUUUCAGCUCCAAGCCAUAUACACCGACCGUUCAACCAUAUACCUUCAGCCCUCAACCGUACACACCCAGUGCUCAGCCAUACCCGUACUUUGAGCCCCCGUCUCCCACAUGGCAGGCAAGAGAGGAAAAGGCGGAACGCGCUUCCAGGAUGCGUCGUCGGUCUGAAAGUAAAGGCACUCAAGAGCAACACAAGCCCUUCCGCCAUGAAGUCACGCUGAUCGAGGAAAAAGAAAUUCGGAAAAAUGUGGCCAAACAGCCCCAAUGA